GGUACCCAAACAUGAGAUGGUUAUAUGGAAAGACAGAGCUUUGAAGAAUUCAAAAAGAGUGAAAUGUAAGUGCCAUGGCCCUCUUCCCAUCAGACAUAUUUAGUCGGGACCUCAGAUAGUAUAGUUACUUGGAUCCUGCAGGUCCACAGAGGAGGGAUAAUGAAUUUGUAAUGCACAGUGUCUGCUGUUCUGGGCCAUGGAGGACGAGUCUAUCUCAGGGAGUGAUCCAGAUGUGGAGUCGGAGGAUGUGGAAGAGGAAGAGGAGGAGAUGGAGGACAAUGAUGGCGAUGACGAGGAUGACCUGGAAGAAAAUGAUGAUUCUGAGCUCACUCCUGUCAGUUCUGAGCAUUCCCCACAGCCUGAUACCAGGGGAUGGAACUGUUCCACUUCAACUACCUCAUCACAGAAUGAAAAGAAACAGACGGGCUCAGUGAAUGGCAAGAGGAAAAGGUCAACAAAGUCUGUCCACAUGAGAAGAAACAUCCGAAAGCUACUACGGGAGGACCAACUUGAAGCUGGAACCAAAGCAGCACAACAGGAAGAAUUAGAGCGCCUAAAAAGGCUCGAGCAACAAAGGAAGGAAUUUGUGUUACCCACCUUGCCAUUUGAACUAUUACAAGAGUCUAACGCCCAAACUUUAAAAAAUGAACCUGUUUGGAAUGAAGAAGAAACAAUUCAGAAAGCAGAUGAGGUUCUGUCUGCCCCACCAAGACUCUCCAAAUCGGAGGUCAUCUGUGUGGACAUAAGCAGUGGGAGUGAAGAUGAUGCAGGGAGAGUACACAGAGCUGCAAAAGAUGAUGUGAUUGAGCUGAGUUCAGGGGAAGAUGACUCACUCCAAAUUCUUGAUAGUGGAUCCAGCAAUGAAGAGGAGGUGAACGAGGAGAGCAAUGGUGCUCAUGUGAAUGAUGCCUUGAACCAGCCAGAUGAUUUAGGCCGUGUACUUGUCAACAUAAAUCAUCCUCCAAAUGAGCAAGACAUUUUCCUGGCACCCCAACUGGCACGAGCCGUCAAAUCACACCAGAUUGGAGGAAUCCGUUUCUUGUACGAUAAUUUGGUGGAGUCACUGGAAAGGUUUAAAAGCAGCAGUGGUUUUGGUUGCAUCCUGGCACACAGUAUGGGUCUUGGCAAGACCCUGCAAAUGGUCUCCUUCGUGGAUGUUCUCUUUCGAUACACAGAAGCACGCACUGUCCUUGCUAUUGUACCGGUAAACACUUUGCAGAACUGGUUGGCCGAGUUUAACAUGUGGCUUCCAGCCCAAGAAGCACUUCCUGCAGACUACAACCCUGAAGAAAUUCAGCCCCGGAGUUUCAAAGUUCACAUCCUAAAUGAUGAGCACAAAACAACUGUGGCCCGUGCCAAGGUUAUCAAUGAAUGGUCAACUGACGGUGGCAUGCUCUUAAUGGGGUAUGAAAUGUAUCGCCUGCUUUCAUUGAAAAAAUCUUUUGUUAGUGGGAGGAGAAAGAAGACAAAGAAAUCAGCAGGACCAGUAAUUAUAGACUUGGAUGAGGAAGAUCGGCAGCAAGAACUGUUGAAAGGCAUCGAGAAAGCCCUAUCCAGACCAGGACCAGAUAUAGUUAUUUGUGACGAAGGCCACCGCAUAAAGAACUGCCAUGCCAGCACGUCUCAGGCCUUAAAGAGCAUCCGUUCACGGCGGCGGGUGGUCCUAACUGGAUACCCACUUCAGAAUAACCUUAUGGAGUACUGGUGCAUGGUGGACUUUGUCCGGCCUGACUUCCUUGGGACCAGGCAGGAGUUCAGCAACAUGUUUGAGCGUCCUAUCCUGAAUGGGCAGUGUAUUGACUCGACCCCUCAGGAUGUCCGUCUGAUGCGGUAUCGCAGCCACGUUUUACACAGCCUGCUGGAGGGGUUUGUACAAAGGCGGGGCCACGAUGUUUUAAGAGGUCACCUUCCUGACAAAGAAGAACACGUGUUACUUGUGCGUCUCUCCAAAAUCCAGCGAUUACUGUAUAAAGAGUUUAUGGAUCGUUUCAGAGAUGCAGGGAACAGUGGCUGGCUGGGUCUCAACCCUCUGAAAGCAUUCUGUGUCUGCUGCAAGAUCUGGAACCACCCAGAUGUUCUUUAUGAGGCACUACAGAAGGAGAACCUGGCCAAUGAUCCAGAUUUGGACCUUGAGGUAAAUGACCUUAAUGCAGGCACACCGAAUGCACGAGCUCUGCCAGUUGUGAACAAAAGAAAAACUGAGAGUGUGGCUGCCUCCAUAGAUUCCACAAACAGCAAAUUUACCCAAAGUGUUGGAUUCAACCAUUUUCAGGAAAAGGCCAAUCAAGUUAUCACAUAUGAUUGGGCUAAGGAUAUAUUGGCAAACUAUCAGCCUGGCUUGCUAGAAAACUCUGCAAAAAUGGUGCUCUUGUUUGAGCUAAUUGAAGAGAGCGUGAAACUUGGGGACAAAAUCCUGGUAUUUAGCCAGAGCCUUUCUACACUGUCCGUCAUUGAAGAAUUUCUUGGGAAGAGACAAAUACCAGCAAAAGUAGGCUCUGAAGAAGCCCCUCAACCCUGGAUCCGGAAUGUUAACUACUACCGGCUGGAUGGAAGCACAUCUGUAUUGGAGCGAGAACGGCUGAUCAACCAGUUCAAUGAUCCUCGCAACAGUAAAGCUUGUCUUUUCCUGCUGUCUACACGAGCUGGGUGCUUGGGAAUCAACCUGGUUGGAGCAAAUCGAGUGGUUGUGUUUGAUGCAUCCUGGAACCCUUGUCAUGAUGCUCAGGCCGUAUGCCGUGUGUACCGCUAUGGUCAAAGGAAGCCUUGUUAUAUUUACCGGCUGGUAUCUGACUACACACUUGAGAAAAAGAUCUAUGACCGGCAAAUCUCCAAGCAGGGCAUGUCUGACCGUGUUAUUGAUGAUCUAAACCCAAUGCUUAAUUUCACCCGCAAGGAAGUAGAAUCUCUCCUGCAUUUUGUGGAGGAGGAGCCUGUUUCAGCAGAGGCAAACUUUGAGGCAGAUAAAUUAUGUGAUGAAGUGAUACACAGAGCAUGUGCAAAACAUAAACAUCUCGUCACCAAGCCUCCCUUCCAGCACGAAUCCCUGCUCAUGGACCGUAAAGAGUACAAGCUGACCAAGGCAGAGAAGAAAGCUGCAAAGAAGAGUUACGAAGAUGAGAAGAGAGCGUCAGUCCCAUACACCAGACCAUCCUAUGCCCAGUAUUACCCAGCUAGUGAUCAGAGCCUUACCAACAUCCCCAUCUUUAGCCAGCGGCAUUGGAGAGGCCCAGUCAAGGGAUUGGACGAGAAACCAGUGGCCAGUGUUCGGCCUGUACAGUCUACACCUAUUCCCAUGAUGCCUCGGCAGGUUCCAAGCGGAUUGGGAAUCCCUAGUUCGGGAUUUGGUCCUGUGUUUCCCGUCAGUCACCUUCAACGGGCUGGUGUUGUGGUGCAGAAAAUUGUCACUACUACAGAUAUCAUUAUUCCUGGAACAAAUACAUCAACUGAUGUGCAAGCAAGAAUCAGUGCUGGGGAGAGCAUCCAUGUUAUUAGGGGAACCAAAGGGAUGUACAUUCGCACAUGUGAUGGAAGGAUUUUUGCAGUGCGCAUGGGCAAUAAACCGAAGGUCACAGAGGGAAACCACGCAGUGGCAUCAGGCUCCCAGGGAGUUGCCCUUAAUGUAACCGGUCACAAAGGUCAUAGCUCCUCCUCCCCAGAUCAGUCGCAGAAGGGCCUUUCCCCAGAAGAGAUUGCAAGGCCUCUUUCCCCGGACAGCCCAGAGAUAAUAAGUGAGCUCCAGCGCUACGCCGAGGCAGCUGCCGCCAGAGAGUCCGGAGACCGGCCUGGGACCGUCACCAAUACGCAGAGCGAUCACCCCAAACUGAGACCAGCCCAGCCCUCGGACCAGCUGCUGGCUGUCACCAGCCCCGCCUCAGCCCGCCCCGCAGCCUUGAACAUGCCACCUGCGAGCCGCUAUGCUGACUGGAGCUCUGCUGCGUUUGGGUCUGAUGUGAAGGGUGGCAAGCGGAAGUCUUUCUCGCCUUCUUUGGAGGACCGUGCCUGGAAGCAAAGGCACUCGAUGCCGAUGCAGAACUACUCCUUCCCCACUGGAUUUAACCUUUCGUCUGUCGGCCUGAGCCCUGAGAUACCUGGCCUGCCUGGUAAUUGCCCGACUCUCUUGAACCCCCUGUAUGGAGCAGGGAGCCCCUACUACACUCUGCCCGGCUUGCUGGGGGACACGCGACUGAUGUUCCCCAUGACUACUGACCCGCGUCUUGCUGCUAGCACCUCCGGCCCUACCGCCCCUACCUCAGCGACCGGUGCCGCAGUGCCCUUCAUGCUCAGCCCGACCUCAGCAGUGCCCGGGGGCCUCCUUCCUGGCCUCCCUCACCCCUUCACCCAGACUCCGCUGAACGAGCCCCGCAUGUUCGCUCCGUAUCCUGUACCCCUACUCACCAAUAGCCUGCCAGCCAGCGCGGACCAACCCAGCAGAGUCUUUGUGCCGCCCUCGUCAUCUGCCGGCUACUCAGCUCAGGAGCUCCUCGGCACCACUGCUGCACAAAUGGACCCGCCUCCGGGGCUGGACGCCACCGGCAAUUCAGAUGACGAUGUCAUUGAAGUCACAAGCAGUAACUUGGGGUGACCAACCCAGAAGGGACAAGGCUGUUAUCCAAAUCUUUUUAAAGUAAUUGAGUAAAUAAACGUGUCACUGUCCCGAAUUUUAUGGCCGACGACCACCAUAUUGUAAAUGUUGCCUUUUUAGAUUUUUUUUAAAUUAUUGGCCAAGUUUUUUCAUAUUUUUUAAAUAAAACUUUGCGCUGGAUUUUUUUUUUUCUGUUUCUUUCCUGGAAGAAGUUUUUGCCUGUGCAUGAGAAAAUCUGGUAUGAACAGAGAAGUGCAGUUGUUUUCCGUGGGCGAGUUUGUUUAAAGAGGCAAAGCAAUAUUUAAUUGGUUAAAGGGAAGAGUUUUUUUUAAAAGGGACUUUCACAGCUGAAAGGCAGUGUCACGUAAAUUUGAUAACACAUUCAUCGACCCUCCUGUGUUUUAAAGCUUUGAUAUCAGUGUAUCUGCUCUGCGAGCAGUGCAUGGUAUUUUCAGCAAACAGGUAAUGGGAGGAAGAAAAUCAUCAGUAUUAAGUUGGAAUGGUACCACUGGAUUGGAGGAGCUGUUUCCUCGUAUUACGAAUGAGAAUUCCAUGGUUUGGGGAGUUGGUGAGGCAGCAAGCUGUGACUGGACAGAAUUUGUUCAAAGAGUUGACUGGAUACUAGCCCUUGAGGGCUAAUUGGAGGAAUGCAUUGGGCAGUUAGAAACUGAGCCAAGUAGAUGAGAAUCCCUCAAGCUCUGUGCCGAAUCUACAGGGCCAGAUGACCUCUUGCAGUUGUUUCAGCUCCUUGGAUCUGAAAGGAGGGUAAAAAAUGUCUUUCCUGCCUCACAUUCCCAGCUCUGAGUCGGUCAAAAACUCGUGCAAAACACGACGGUGAGAAAACUUGGAAGUGUGGGGAAUUAAGCUGAGAGGACCAUGUUUGUUGGUGUCUGCUACACUUUAAUCUGAAAACCUAUAGAGGAAUCUUUUGCUAUUCCCUAAAUGUUGAAGAUGGUACUGAGUUUGAUCUCAGACAUCUUGUUUGAGUUCUGUGGGUUACCAUGAACCAGAUCUUGUCCCUACAGAAAUGUUAAAGUUGAAAUUCAUAAGUACUUUAGAUACUUGAUCUUUUCUCAGAUUGGAUUUAUGUGGUGCUGUUAACUGCUUGGCAAAGUUCCUCCUUGGCUAUAAAGGGGGAGGAGGACACUUGUGUUAAAGCACUGCUGUUGAUGUUUAAUGCAGAAUAUUUGUUUUACCAGCACAUUACAGUGGUCAACUGGUACAGCAGGAAGAAGGUAUGAACUGUGACUCAGUAGGAUAUCUGUAGUAAACUGCUUCAUUCAGGUCAAGUUCAGACUGUUCCUGAAAUACAGAAGUAUUAAACUAGACAACUUUUAGAAGUUUCAAUUUGAGGUUUGGUUUAAAAUUUAAAGCCAACUUUGGUAUUGCUUCUUUUUUCCUUGGGAGUAAAUUACACCUUUAAUUUAUUUAUGAACUUGGGUAUUUAUUAUCACAAGCAUAACUAAAUGGCAUAUGUUUUGGAAGGAAGCUGAUAAUUCUGACCAAAGUUCAGCUGACAUUUGGACCAACAUAGACCAAAAAUAUUCUGGCUCCAGGGGUUAAAACAUGAUGCAAUGGAUAAGAGUUGGCCAUGUUGGAAUCAUCUGCCAUCAGUAUUGACCCAGUUCAGGAUCUGGAAGGAGAUCUGAUUAACCAACAGUUUAUCUUAAAUUUAAGAUAUUUUUGUAUAUUUCUGCAGUGCCAUAGCUUUCAUUCCUUAGAUUAAUGGCUCUAAAUGCUACUGAUUACAGUUUACUGUUGUUUGGUACACUUUCACCUGGAUUAUGUCUUGCUAGUUUCAGCCAUAACUCAGUGCUUGUGCUUCUCAGAGAAGUUAAUGAGAAAUGACAUGGGGGAAAUUUGCGGCUGUAGUUGAUAUUGGGUAGCCCAUUCAAGACUGAAUAAAUGACUAUAUACAGUGCCCUUUUGUGGUGAUUUAGAUUGCAAAUUCCAGCUGCAAAUUGGAAACCUAACUUCAUUGAACCUGGAGUUUUAAAGCGUCUUAUCCUUCACAUUUUUUUUCAUUCGAAAGAAUUCUGCCUCUCUCACUCCCCCCACCCGACUCUAAUUCACAGUAUAUGCCACAGACAUGCCAUGUACACUAGUAGCAGUCAAUUCCCUACCUGACUGGAUUUAUCAAUGUGACCUGCGAUGACCAUCGGAAGAAUAUUUGACAAUGAGCUGUAACACUAAACUUUGAUUUAACCAGUUGGUAAUCACUUUCAGCACAUGCAUGACUUUUGUGCGAGGUAAUCCAAAUUAAUGGUUAAAAAAAAUCACCUGAAUGGGUUGGUGCUAGUCACUGGCCAAGGUACAUUCUUGCGGUGUAGUGGAACUUGAGACAAGUGGCUCUGCACUGUUAAUGCACGGCCUGGAAGCUGACUGUGAAUUUAAAAAUAACAUUGUUCAUGCUGACCUUGACCCUCGGCUUCUAAAAUUUACCAUUUACACACUGCCAUUAAAGUAGGGGUGACUUGAAAAUUGGCCCAUGCACCAAUUCUACCCCGGUGGUUCAGUUUCCACAAUAAUCUUUCUUCCCCUUCCAAACACUGCAUUCACAGUCCCUCUUUCCUGCCAGAUAACUGAACCACAGUCCUAUGAAACUAAGUCUGCUUUCUGAAUGUGAGCACUCAGGAUAAAUGUAUCUGUGGCUGUUCUUUGAAACAACUCUAUAAACAAUUUACCAGUAGGGUCAAAGGAGCCAGAAUGUGGUUUGAUCUAAUGGUGUAUCAUUCUGAUCUGCACUGAUGCUAACUUCAAAUUGUUAUUUAUUUUUGUCUUUAUUAAUUUUCCAUAAAUCCCAAGACACCUACCUAGCACGAAUUGCCAUAUGAGAUAAAUAUUAAUUGAUAGAAGCCUUAGAAACAUUAGCUAUGCAAGUUUUGAUUUUUAAAAAUAUUUUUUGUUAAGGCAUAUCACAAAUAUGAGUAAGGGGCCUUUAAUAAGUUGUCAAAUCAUCAGAGAAGGCACCACCAUCUGUCGGCCAGAAAUAGUAAAGUUAUCGACUUUCCAAAGACUUGAAAGGUUUUACAUUCUUUCUGGCCCCCCUGUGACUAUUGUAUCCUGUGUUGUUGUGAGACGUAAAAUGGAAACACUGGCAGUGGAGAGUGGGUGAAAGUGAAUCAUUUUGUGUUCCUGACUGUCACAUGCACGCCCAAUUUUGUGUUUAAACUGAUAGCUAAAUAUGGUUCGGAUUUGCUGGUAGGCUCUAGAGACCGAGAACCCCCUCAGGAUUUGGUUCUGGCUGAUCUUCCAUUUUAGCAGCCAGUGCACUGAGUCCUUCUGAGGAGCCAGUGUAUUCAUUUGUUCUGAUAUCAGAUGAUACUUAAUCUUUUCAUUAUUUUGACAUAGUGGAAGUAACUUUUUGUAUGUGCAAUCAUGUAAUUCAUGAUGAGCACAUGUUUCUGACCAUACUCUGCCUUUGUCAUUAAUACUAUUGUUAUCCCAUUAUACUGUUCAAGUCAAUCUGUCACAGAAGUUCAAAUAAUCUGUAGAGUAUAUCAAAAGCACAUGGUCAGGAGGUGAAUUUUGGAGAUGUGAAUGUGGACUGUUGAAUCUAGAACUGUGUGUGUGUGUGUGUGAGAGAGAGAGAAAGAAAGAGACUUCUCAUGUCGUUCACAGGAAGCUUGCCUGUCCUGCAGUGCUGUGCUACUAUGGAAAAUCAGCUAGUUGUCUUUAGUAAUAGCUACAUUCUACGAUCAUCCAGUAUGGUCAUCUGUGUCAAAUCCAUUUGCUGAAUUACUUGACUGGUGGCAAUUGUCUUUGAACCUUGUUACAUCCUCACAGGGUAACUAACUCCUGACCAGCAUCGUUCCCUUACUGGACUCUGUAACUCAACUGCAGGUUGUGUGUUAGGAAGUUAUUCAUACAGGCAUUUACUAAGCUCAGUGUGAGGCAAAUACUGCAUACUAUGAGGUGAGCCUUAGGCAGAUGGUGUGUAAAUAUCAUUAUCUCCUCACACUUGUAGAUGCUGUAGCAGGAAAUGGUAACAUCCCAGAGUGCUUGUCUGUAUUACUUAUUCUUGCUCCAUACUGUUCCAGUGCUUUCAUUGUUAAAUGGUUGAGUGUAUUGCAUCUACUUCGUAAAUAAGGGUGUGUUAUCUCUGCCUCCAAGUAUGGAUAAGAUCCCUGCCUGUUUGUUUCCUUUCUGUAUUGAAUGUGGAAAUAGGUCUGACUGCAUUGUAUUCAAAUCCCAGAGACUGUUACCAUGGGGAAUUAAAGGAGUCUAUGCUGCUAACCACUUUCCUGGAAACUACUGUCCAUGUAUGAGCAAUGGGUACAAAGUAAAAAAGAUUUCUUCUAUUAAUGAGUGCAAUGGUACCAUUGCUACACCAGGCAGGCCUGUGUAUGGUGCCUUGUGAUUUUGCCCCAUGCCAGGAGAUAGAACUGCAAGUCGAUUCACUUUUUCUCCAUCUCUUCCACUGACCACAUACCCAGAAAAUGAAUUGAAAACCAAUUUUGUUGUUUUUAAAUUGAGACCAUUUUUUGUAAUUAAAUGUUACCAAUCUGUAAACUGCCUAUGGACCUCUUGUUCUGUUUUUUUUAAAUUGGGAAAAAGAAAAAUAAAGUCUAGAGCCUAUUGUGUUUUGGUAGAGAUAUCCUUUA